AUGGCCAUUACGGAGAAAAGUGACGACUCCUCGUCGGGCAAGCCCGAGACUGUUGUGGCUUACGAUAACGCAGCCAACAACUCUCAGUCUGAAGAGGAUAUCCAGGCUGCGAGGGCACGCAUUCUCGAGCAGCAGGAGCUUCAAAAGACUGAGCCUCCUGUUCUUCCAAUCACGACUCUCUUCCGAGGCAAGAAGUUUCAUCCUCAGUUGGAAGAGAUUGCCACCCAGCCAUCUGUGUAUGAUGAUCCCGCGCUCGCCAAGUACUUUCACCCGACCGAAAAGUACGAGAACUUGCAUCGCUUCGACCCGUCUGCGAGAUGGACUUGGGCAGAAGAGCUUCCUCUGAUCAACAAACUUGAUUGGAAGAUCACGGCUUGGGCCUGUGUUGCAUUCUUUGCUUUGGACCUGGAUAGAGGAAAUCUCAGCCAGGCCAACACUGACAACUUUCUGGAUGAUCUCGGUUUGAGCACUAAUGAUUUCAACUUGGGAAAUACUGUGUUCAGACUUUCGUUCUUGUGCGCCGAACUGCCUUCUCAGCUUAUCAGCAAGAAGUUGGGACCUGAUCGAUGGAUUCCAACGAUUAUGUGCCUCUGGAGUGUUGUUGCAGCUUCUCAGUUCUGGCUGAGUGGUAGAACCAGUUUCUUGGUUUGUCGUGUUCUGUUAGGACUCCUUCAGGGAGGUUUUAUCCCCGAUGUGAUCCUGUACUUGUCGUACUUCUUCAAGGGCACAGAGCUGCCCUUCCGCCUGGCCCUAUUCUGGACAAGUCUACGAGUCACCGACAUUGUUGCCCCGAUCUUGGCCUUUGGACUUCUGCGCCUCCGUGGUCUUCAUGGCCAAGAGGGCUGGAGAUGGCUUUUCCUUCUUGAAGGCAUCCUCACCUUGACAGUCGGCAUCUGGUCCUGGUUCACCAUGGUUGCCUCCCCAACUCAAACCAAGUCCUGGUGGAACAAGAAGGGAUGGUUCGACGAGCGCGAGGAGAUUAUCAUGGUCAACCGCAUCCUCAGGGACGACCCCUCCAAGGGCGACAUGCAUAACCGACAGGCCGUGGACUUUAAGCUGCUCUGGAAGUCUCUGUGCGACUACGACUUGUGGCCGAUGUACAUCAUUGGCCUUACGUUCCUGAUUCCCACUGGACCUCCUGAUGCGUAUCUGACUUUAACUCUUCGGAACAUCGGCUUUUCGACUUUUGAUUCAAAUCUGCUCACUAUUCCGACUCAGGUUCUGGGUGCCAUUACUAUGCUGGUCGUGACGUACUUUUCCGAGAUUUGGAACGAAAGAUCGCUGAUGGGUGUUUUCGCACAAAUCUGGGUUCUUCCCACCCUGAUCGCCCUCUUGACCUUGCCAGACUCUGUUGGCUCAUGGGCCAAGUUUGCAGUGCUGACUGUGUUGCUAUCGUAUCCGUCAACACACGCUAUUCAGGUCGGUUGGUGUAGCCGAAACUCCAACACUGUCCGAACAAGAACUGUUUCUGCUGCUUUAUACAACAUGUUUGUCCAAGUUGGAGGAAUCGUUCACGCAAACAUCUACCGAGCCGAUGAUAGACCCCAUUACCGCCGUGGCAACAAACAACUCACGGCUAUUUGCGCUGCUAAUAUUAUCAUCUAUCUGAUUGCCAAGGGUUACUACAUCUGGCGCAACAAGCAGAGAGACCGCGCAUGGAAUGCCCUGAGCAAGGAUGAACAAAUUCACUACCUCGAAACUACAACGGAUGCUGGAAGCAAACGCAAGGAUUUCCGUUUUGCUCAUUGA